AUGACGGACUUUUUAUCUGAAUGGGCUUCCGAGGGUCAUUUGGAUUCGUUUGUGACACGGACAAAACGUGACACGUGUUCCACUUGCAGACGACCAUGUUCGACUUGCUGGUGUUCAUUUCUUCCUACGCCUUGUGUUGAUGUGGGCAAUCACAAAGUUCUCAUCCUUCAGCACCCCGGAGAGGGGAAAAAGAGAUUGCAAACUGCACCCAUGUUGGUUCAUGGCACUAAAGCGGGAACCUGCGAGAUUGUGGUUGGUAGGAGAUUCACAAAUGCGUUUGUGGCUGGUUACAUGGAAAAGUUGAAGGGUCAUGAGUUUGUGUUGCUGUAUCCUUGUGAAGACGCCAAGUCCAUUGAAAAUAUUGAUCCGUCCAGUAGCACAGUGGUGGUCAUGUUGGAUGGUACAUGGUCACAAGCAAGAUCCAUAUAUUCAAGGAGUCCAGCCUUGUGGAACAUCCCGAAAGUGAAGAUCCAGUCCUCAAGUAUAAGCGAAUACGUCAUCAGAACACAACCAGCAGAUGCAUGUUUAUCUACUGUUGAAGCGGGUGCUGCAAUUCUUUCAGCUCUAGCUAAAAAUACUGUAGUGUACGAUGCAUUGGUGCAACCGUUGCGUGCUUUGGUUAGGUGUCAAUUGUCACACGGUGCUGUGAUUCAUGACACAAAUGAAAAGAAGAUUCUAGAACUUCCGAUAAAUUCUCCCUUGCCAAAACGUACGCGACAGAAGCUGAAGAAGUGUGGGUUGAAUGUGAAUAACCGAAGAAAUGAAGCACUGCAGCAGUUGUGAUAGUAGUAUUGUUAUGAAUGAUGACGACUAUGGAAUUUCCAAAGACACUUUUUUUGGCAAUUCGCGAGGAAUGUGUUCGCAUGCAAGAUACUCCAGGAUUUUAAUAAGCAAAGAAAUAUAUAGUAUUUUUCUCAAGCAUUUAAUA